UAUCCCGCUAUUGAACAGCGGCGCACACUGGAUGCCACCUGGGAUAUCGGGUUCGCUGAUCCUCCCCACCACUACCUGUAUCUCGCCCUGGGAAACUGGGGGAGGGGUCAAAAAAAGCCGAAGGAGCCAUGGGACACGACUACGCUUUCCUGGAACAAUUAACCUUGAUAUGAAACCGGCGUGCCUCUAAUUAACGACGAGUCAGUGAGGUGCGCACAUUCGGCCGCCGGCUCUUAGAUCGCCGUGCGCGGUCUCAGAAUAAUUACAUUUUUGAAGAGCUGCGUGUCCACUCCAAGCUAUCAGAUCUCGCUUACUGGUCCACAAAACUGGGAAUCUACGGCUGCCAAUAUAAAAAGAUCAGCACUACUGGCGGAAGAAUUAUAAAACAUGAAAAUCUGAAUAUGUUUUUAUAAUUAUUCGGAUUCUGUCCUGCGGUGCCACAGCUUAUCUCCAAUUUGUUUGGCUGUGUGGGGCAGGGGAUUCUCACUAGCUGUUUUCGUGGUCCAGCAUCUGAACGGCAUCGUACCGGCACACAUGCGAACUGUCCGCUCUCGGUGGACCUCGCAGCCCGCACCCGGUUUGCAUUCGACGGGGACCAAAUCCAAACCCCCGUCCUCCGCUAAGCCAACUCGGGCCACCAGUGCGGUGUCUCCCUCUGCGAUAAGGGGGACCGAAAAGUAGAGAGGGAUCCGCGUCGCCUUGCGGCCAUGACUAUGGAGCCGGACGAGAAUCUCAGCGUGUCCAAAAAGACUGUGAUCGCCAAGAUCUUCAAAGUUCGCAAGCGGAGGGAGAUGCUGUUCGUGCAGGUCUGUUUCAUCUGCAGUGUCCUCUUCAUGGCGUGGUGCAUGUCAGCGCUGCUGACGAAAACAGGUCAUGGGAUGAUCGUGGAAGGGAUCCCCGUCGAGGAUGAGCGUGAGCACUGGGGCCGCCGGCUGAUGGCUGCAACUGGCGCCAACCACACAGAGGAACGUAACUGCACUGAGCCAGCGAUCCAGGAGUUCCCAGAUGACUUGUUCUCCAACACCGAACGGAAGCAGGGAGCGGUGCUGCUACACAUCCUGGCGGCGCUGUACAUGUUCCUGGCCCUCGCCGUAGUCUGCGACGACUUCUUCGUGACGUCGCUGGAGAAGAUCUGCGAGAAACUGGACCUGAGCGAGGACGUCGCCGGGGCGACCUUUAUGGCCGCGGGCAGCUCGGCACCCGAGCUCUUCGCCUCCAUCAUAGGGGUCUUCAUCACCCACGGCGACGUGGGUGUGGGUACUAUCGUCGGCUCUGCAGUCUUCAACAUCCUCUGCAUCAUUGGUGUUUGUGGGAUCUUCGCCGGCCAGGUUGUGAUGCUCACCUGGUGGUCGGUGUUCCGGGAUUCCUUUUACUACACCUUGUCUGUUGUAGCACUGAUAGUGUUCAUCUACGACGAGAAGAUUGUGUGGUGGGAAAGCCUUAUUCUGGUGGUUAUGUAUACAGGCUACAUCAUCACCAUGAAAUUUAACACAAGCCUGCAGAAUUUUUUCACAGGGAAGUCCAACAAGAAUGUUGCCAAUGGCGACACCAUGAGAAGCGAGCUGGAGGAGGGUAAUGAUGAUUAUGAUGGUAGUUGGGAUGACCCAUCGUUGCCCUUGUUGAGUCCAGCUGAAGGCAUUCCUGUUGUCUCAGUGAAGCCCAGCAGGACUUACACCCGCGGCUCCGUGGUGAUGGUGGAUGAGAUCAUGAGCAGCAGCCCUCCCAACUUCCGCUUCCCGGAGGCUGGCCUGCGGGUCAUGAUCACCGACCACUUCGCACCCAAGACGCGUCUCCGGAUGGCCAGCCGGCUCAUCAUCACCGAGCGACAGAAACUGGUCCAGUCCGCAAACGGAGUGGAGUCGGUGGUGGUGGUGGGGAAGCUGGAAAUGGAGAAUGGUAAUGUACCGGAAGAUAAGCCGGAGGAGAGUGACCUGUCCUCACCAUUCACCAUACCAGGGGGAGUGAUGAACAAGGUAAAAUGGAUAAUCUCCUGGCCAAUCCUGCUGCUGCUCUACUUUACUGUGCCAAACUGUGCCAAGCCACGAUGGGAGAAGUUCUUCAUGCUCACCUUUAUCCUGUCCACACUCUGGAUUGCUGUCUUUUCAUACUUCAUGGUGUGGAUGGUCACGAUAAUCGGGUACACCCUGGGAAUCCCUGAUGUCAUCAUGGGCAUUACCUUCCUGGCAGCUGGCACCAGCGUUCCUGACUGCAUUGCCAGUCUCAUCGUAGCCCGACAAGGCCUGGGGGACAUGGCGGUCUCCAACACCAUCGGCAGCAAUGUCUUCGACAUCCUGGUGGGGCUGGGUGUGCCCUGGGCCCUGCAGACCAUGGCAGUCUCCUAUGGCUCUGAGGUGCGGAUAAACAGCGCAGGGCUCGUGUACUCGGUAGUGCUUCUGUUGGGCUCUGUGGCUCUCACAGUUUCGGGGAUCCACGUCAACAAAUGGAAGCUGGACUUUAAGUUGGGGAUUUACGUCUUGGUGCUGUACGCCAUCUUCCUCUGCUUCUCCAUCAUGAUCGAGUACAACGUCUUCACCUUCGUCAACCUGCCCAUGUGCCAAGAGGACCACUAAGAUUUGCUGGCUCCAUCCCAGUCCAAACCAUACCUCCCAUCUGUUCUCAUCAUUCCAACUGACCUGACCCAGCCCAUUGAGCCUCAGUCUGGUUCCUGAUCUUGUAAUCCCUCCCCCGCUCCAUUCUGCCAUUCUUUGUGAGAAGAAUGGUUUCCAGAACCUUCUCUCCACCUGGGGAAACGGGACUCCUCCAUAUAAGAUCCUGCUGGGUUCCAGCCCCAGGCCUGCCCAGGUACCCUGCUGAGGCCCACUGGAAUCUCUCCAUGGCAGCUUUCUUCCUCUCCCUCUUAUAGAUGGGACUCCAGAUGGUGUUCUGUCCGCCACCAUCGCUCCGCCCCUCUACGUCUCUCUAGCGUGGGAGCCCACAGCUCCGCCACUCGACCUCUGCUGCAGAGGAUUGCCAAUGACUCUUAAAAUUCUUCGAGAAUGCAAUCUGGCAGCUCAAACGUUGAAUGGAUGCCAUAAGUUGUUUAAACUAUAAUAUUGACUGCAUGAUGUGUGUUUUUUUUUUUUUUUUUUUUUUUAAGAAUUAUUUCCUAGGAUCAAAACUUUGACAGCUGGAUUAAAACAUUGAUACCUUGUGGUGUGGGGAGCUUGGGAGGAGUGUGGGCCUCUCGUGUAGUUGGGGAAGGGAACAGCAAGGCAGGUGCCGGGGGACUUUGCCCUACGCGGGUGUCCCACGUCGACCCGGGCUGGUGACAGGGCCCGUGUGAUGCAGAUCGUAAUUUGAGAAGCAGAAUUCACUUUUGUGUGUCUGCGUGCGUCUGUGGGGGUGGGUGAGGUGGGGUUGGUUUGCAUGAGAACCUUUCCCCGCUGGUCUGUGUGGCACGACGACACCAGGGUCAGCGUGUGGGCAUUUGCUUAGCUGGUGUUUCGCUGUCUGCUUGAAAGCUCAUUCUUUCCAUUCAGGGACUAUUUCACUUCCCAUUGUGGCACUGGGUUGCACAAUGUCUAUUGCACAUGAAUCCGUCCACUGCGUGGGCUUUGGAAAGGAAAGCCCCCCCCCCCCCCCCCCGAAGAGCCUUCUGAGUGGCACAGACAUAGGGCAGGGUCUCUUGGUGUCCUUUUGUGGGGGGGUCUGUAAGAAUAUGGUUGGCCUUGCAUCCUGUGUGCGUGUGUGUGUGUGUUCAUCUAGGACAGUUUGACCUUCUUUGUGUGUAAGUCACUCCUACAUUCAACUCUUACCGUUACCUUUCUGUGUGUCGCAGUGGCCCGAUUGUAGGUGUUUGGCUGUCUGGGUUACUUGGUGCUUCUUGUAGCAGGAUCUAUAAAGCACUAAUAGGGACUUUUUCUUUGGGACUAUUGCACUUUUACCCAGCUGCUGUCCAGUCCAUUUUGAACCAGUGCUUCCUUUUUGUGCGGUUGGUCUCAGCAGGGCUUUGCUGCCUGUGUUUGUGGGUGAGAUUUAUGGGAUUUUUUUUUUUCCUUGUUUCUCCCCCCACACUUUUUCCAGAGUCCUUUUCCCAGUGAUGGCAUUUAGAGGAUCUGCGAUUAUAACAUCAUUCGGAACAUGCAGUGCAAAAACACUAGGUGGAGCUUUUGCUACAGAGAGACUGGCAGCAAGUCAAACUUAAGUUGGGACCUUGGCCACCUUUGGAGUGGGAGGAGUCUCAGUGCCUGUGAGGAGUUUAAACAUCUGCUCUGAUUGGGCACUGCUGUAGCCUCCCAGUACCUGUAUCUGCUUCUUCAAAGUUAGACAGGCAGUGCAAUGUUCAGUCCUCGACCCACUGAGGGGUGGGAUUCUCUGCGAGGACAUGAAUGAACCAAAAAUCAGCUCUUCCUUCUAGAGGCUGGGAAUAAGUACUCUGCCGUAGUUGCAUGUGCAUGGUGCCGAGGUCUUCAUUUCGUAGUUCACCUUGCGUUCACCUUCCACAGCUUCCAUUGUCUCAUCCUUGACCUUCAGUACCAGGAAAUGUAUAAAUAUCUGAAGUGCUCAAACACAGCCGCUGUGGAACGGAGGGGAACCAUUUCCUGCAUGCAGCUGCAUCUUCUCUGUCGCGAAUACGUGAGGGCGUUACUCUGUGCUUCCAUUCUGGGGGCUUUUAGGUUGACAUCUUCAGCUUAAAAGCGCAACAUCAAUGCGGAUUGAUGCAGAGGUGGGAGGCUUCUGGUCGUCCUGAGGUUUUGUGGACAGUAUCCCAGAAUCCUCAGGCUGCGAUUUUCGCUCUGGGAGGAAAUGACCGCGCUGCACAGCAAGCUUCCUUUUCCCCCAUUGGCUGUUGCGGAUAAGCGUGAUCUUUGCUGCCAGUUGCUUUGGAGGGUCAACAGACGUGCGCGCUAAUCGGGUGUCUGACUGGAUUGAAGACGCACUUCAUGCAGUACCUAGCAAAUGCAUGCUAGAGGUGAAAGCCCACCCGCCCCCCCAGGUUGUGGCAGAAAUUGCAAUGCUGCCUGCCCGUGUGGUCAAUUUCAGGUCUUGGAGGAGCAUAAGAAAAGUUCUCUGUAUCUAAACACAAAACUACACAAUGUAACUUUUUUAUUUUCCCUGGAUGCUCCUAAAGCUCUCUGUGUACGAAAUAAUGGCCAGUGUGCACUGGACUUCCCGCGUGUACGUUCAGUUGCAAAUGCAGUGAUUUAUAUAUUUUUUUUUUGUUUUGUGUGCAGACACCUGAGAGAUGCGUGAGCCUGAAUGAAUGAAUGUGACUUUGCACACUGUGAGGGCAAUGUGAUGUAGGGUCAUUUUGUCAAAAUAAAUGGUUUAAAAAAAAAAUAAUAUAUAAAAUCUAGCUGAAGCAUACUGACCUCUGUAUACCUUCUGAAUGUACUUCUUGUAUCUUGCUGUUAGUGGACAAUGAUACAUUUAACUGUAAAGCAAUAAUGAAUAAUAGUUAAUGAUUGGCAAAAAAAAAACAGCUGAUGUACAAUUGUUUAAAAAUAUGGGCUGUAUGAUCAAAUUAAACAUUUAUACACA